GACAGCAAGACCAUGAGGCUCUUAAGAACUAUAUCACUCCUGGGCUGGCUGCUGUUUCCAGGUUGCAUGUCUUCUCUGAGGGGCCCUGCAGCAGUGACUGGAUUUCUCGGCAGGUCGCUAUCUGUGAUGUGCCACUAUGAUGAUGGAUAUCAGACAUAUUAUAAAUAUUGGUGCAAAGGAGCCAGUUGGAAAUAUUGUAGCAUAGUUGUUGGAACCACAGGGACAGAGGCAGAAGCGAAGGCUGGCACAACAUCUAUCAAGGAUGAUCAUAUCCGUUUUGAAUUCACAAUGAGACUGAAGAAACUCACAAUGCAAGAUGCUGGGAUUUACUGGUGUGCCAUAGAAAGAAAAGGCAUUGAUCUUAGAUCCCGUGUAGAUAUUACUGUUCUCCCAGCCCCCUCCUCAGAUGCAGAAGGAAAAAAUGGAGUUACCAAACAACCAGGCCCCGAUUCCCCCAUAAACACAGCUGGGAAAGAAAAAUCGAGCUCCAGCCUUACUCCUACUAAAUAUCUUAUUUAUGAGUCCUUCCUGAUUUCAAUCAGCUUGAAAAUCCCCAUCUUCCUGUGUUUGAUCUUUGCAAUUAUCUGGAUGCAUAGAAGACAUCACCAGGAGAGAGCUUCAGUGGCCACACUUCAAGAAAAUGUUGGAGUUCCCGUUCCACAGCCCAGCUGUAACCAUCCAAACUCCUUGUGUGUGACAGGGAGGUAUGUGACAGAGAGGUAAACUAUAUGAGGAAGGGGGUAUCCCUACUACACUACGAAAGACCUUAAUUUAGUGAGGAAAGCAUCCAACGGCUAAAAACCUCUAUCAAACUGCAGGACAUGAAUUGCUAUUUUAUAUCUGAAGAUUUAAUCACAACCAGCAGCAAAAAAAUGCAGGUGUCAUAUGAGAACAAGAUAGUUUCCCAUGUCCCUCAGCUGAAUAUAUCACCACCACUAUGCUCAUUCACUCAUCUUCUCCACCUGCAACUUAGCAGGUGAAUCCAGAAAGACCAUCCACUCCCUUUUGGUCAUAGGUGUACUUGUCAAAAUAAUUGUGGAUCACUGAAGUUAUUUCCCAUGUUCUCCUGGGAUAUAUUCUAUGUAUGCUAUGCUCCAGGGGGUGCCCUCAGGGGUAGAGUCUCAGUCCAAAGAAGUAAAAGCAUUUCAGCAAAAUACUUACCCAAGAGAGCAGGAUUCAGGGUGCCGCAUA